AUGAUAACUCCCAAGUUCAGUGUUACUCAAGAUGAUGACUUUAUUUACAUUAAUGUCCAGAUAUCUACUAUAAGGUUUGAUGCUGCUGGGUUGGAGAUGGUUGCGGAGGGAAAUGUCUUUGUAUUCCACUUAUCGCCAUACUACUUACGAUUACGUUUCCCUUACGAAGUUGUUGACGAUGAGAGGGCGACUGCUAAAUAUCAAGCUCAGGAUGAGUCAAUUCAUAUACAGCUGCCGAAGCUCGAAAAGGGCAAAUUUUUUGAAGACUUGGAUGUUCCAACUAAGCUCUUAGCGAGACAUGGAGACCUAGUUGGUGCCGAUGAAAUUUCUCAGCAAAAUGUGGAUAAGCAACGGCCACUUAUACAGGAAAUUGGCAAUGAGCAGGAUAAUUCUAAGAAGAAGGACCUAGAGAAAAUUAGCGCAGCUGGUGAGGCAUUCAAUUGGGAAAUUGAACAGACCUCGGAGGAAGCAAGUGACGGGUUACUUUCAAUCAAAUACGGGUUCGAGGAUUCAUAUGAUUCAGUGAUUGGAGUUUCCGUCUCAAAUGGAAAUGAUAUUAACGAGGUAGAUGACCCAGAGCACACGAGCCCCAAUGAUCGUGUAAAAGAGAGGCUACGCAAGGAAGAUCUAAAAUUUGACCCUGAAUACUACGUCUCUGAGUAUAUGAUUCGGCGCUAUGCGGAGCCAGAUGACCUAGAAAUCAACGGAAUUAAAGAAUUACUGAGUUACACACCUUCUUUAGUAAAAGAAUACUUGAAAUGGUACAAAAAAGCAGACGACAAGAAUGCCGCAAUGCCAAUAGAAUUUAGUGACCAGGAACAAAGCCAAAUGCAAAAUAACAUACCAAGAAAGGAGUAUUUGGUCAGCGACUCGAAGAGGCUUUACAUUACGAUACUCAAUCUACUGUUCGCCUACAUGUUUGAAGCGAUAGAGACAGAGGGAAGUCAUACCACAGAAUCUGCCUGGUCCAUAGGUAAAUUGACCCCGCAAAUUUGUUGCCUAGAUCAACAGUUAUUGCUACAAGAUACCUCUGACUCUUUUUCAAUCAUUAAAGCGGCUAUAAUCACCGGUAUCAGACGUUCUUUGAGUUAUCCACUGCAUAGGAACUACGAGCUUUCGAUCAAGGCGUGGAAUUAUGUCUACUACAUUCUUCGAGGCGGAAAAAGGCUGGCGAUCCGUUGCUUAUUGGAUAUUCAUGAGAUUUUUAGAUAUCAUGACGUUUAUUAUGUUUACAAUAGGAUCCUCAUGGAUGACCUUUGUUCGUGGUUCAUUUCUGCAGGUAGUGAGAAUGUCAUUCGAAGUCUGGCGAUUGAGGCAAAGAAAGAAAUAGAUCAACUAACGAAGGACGACAUUGAGUUCAAUUGUAUUUCCGGAGUUGACGAGGAAGCUGUCAAUGCAGUAGCAUGGGAAAAACUUACCAUAAGAGAGAUGGAGAUACUGGCAGAGGGCCAAUAUCAAGAAUCUGAAGAAACCAAUUGA